UCUCUCUCUCUCUCCCUUUUUUGUCAAUUCAGAGACAGAGAGGAGAGAGAGACCAAGAAAAGGAGACUUUUGUUGAUCAUGGGACAAGAAAGACCUAACGACGAAGAGAGACCCGAGUCACGUGAUCUUGGGGUCUACGGAUGUUCACCGCCUCAUUCGCCGCGUCUCGGUCCGACCAGGUUCUACGUCUUUGCUGGAGACCCGAAUCCAAAACAAACGAUAAAGCGAUGCAAGAGGAAGAGAAUCCAAGCUUGUAACGAUCAAAGAACGGCUAAAACAGCUAUUGGCGUUAUGGCGAUUUUGGGUUUCUUUUGCCUCGUUAAUUGGUUCAUGCUCUCUCGCCUUCACGAAGGUCGGGUCUGGCUUCGAAGAGGACUCUCUGAGAACCCAAAACAUGUUUCUGCACAGAAUGAAGAGCGUAAAAAGUUUGAAAAACAGAAGAUGAAAUAUAAUGGAACAUAUGGUAGAAUGUUGAGUUUGGCUACUGAUGCUUUGGCAGAGAACAAACUUGAGACCAAAGACUUAUGGCAGGAGCCGAAGGAACAAGCUUCGGCGUGGAAGCCUUGUGCGGAUCAACGUUCUUUGACUCCUGACGAUGGCAAAAAUGGAUAUAUUAUGGUAACUGCAAACGGAGGGAUUAAUCAGCAAAGAGUUGCUGUAUGUAACAUUGUUGUUGUAGCUCGAUUGCUCAAUGCGGCUCUCGUCAUUCCCAAAUUCAUGUUAAGUGACGUUUGGACAGAUGCAAGUCAGUUUGGAGAUAUCUACCAAGAGGAACAUUUUAUGGAGUACUUGUCGCCCGAUAUUCGGAUAGUAAAGGAGCUACCAAAAGAGCUUCAAUCUCUUAAUCUUGAAGAAAUCGGUAGCGUCGUGACAGAUAUAGAAGUGAUGAAAGAAGCCAAACCAGACUUUUAUAUGACACACAUUCUCCCUAUACUACUCAAGAACAGAGUAAUCCAUUUUGUCGGAUUCGGAAACCGCUUAGCCUUUGAUCCAUUACCGUUUGAGUUACAGAGGCUUCGGUGCAGAUGUAACUUUCAUGCGCUAAACUUUGUCCCGAGGAUACAAGAAACUGCGGCAUUGCUCGUGAAGAGAUUACGGGGCAGUGGAUCUUACGUUGCACCACUUGAUCUACAUCUCCUCGGUCCAAAAUAUGCUUCCUUAAUCUUGGACAAUAAGUCUGAUUCUCCGGUGCAGGAGGAGGCGGCUUCUUCUUCUUCUUCUAAGUACCUUGCUCUCCAUUUACGGUUUGAAAUCGACAUGGUGGCUCAUUCUCUAUGUUACUUCGGAGGAGGUGAAACAGAACAGAAAGAGUUGGAUUCUUACCGCCAAAAACACUUUCCAUCUCUUUCAACUUUAACCAGAAAAAAAAAAUUCCGAUCUGCGGAUGUUUUGAGGACAGAAGGACUUUGUCCACUAACACCCGAAGAAGCCGUGCUUAUGCUCGCGGCUCUUGGCUUCAACCGCGAAACCCGAGUUUUCGUAGCUGGUGCAAACAUAUAUGGAGGAUCAAAACGUUUAGCCGUGUUAACUAGCUUAUACCCGAAUCUAGUCACCAAAGAAAAGUUACUAACAGAAUCCGAACUACAACCAUUCAAAAACUUUUCAUCUCAGCUAGCGGCAUUAGAUUUCAUCGCUUGUGCUGCAGCAGACGCUUUUGCGAUGACGGAUUCAGGGAGUCAGUUAUCAUCUCUUGUAUCGGGUUAUCGGAUUUAUUACGGAGGAGGGAAAUUGCCGACGAUAAGACCGAACAAACGGAGACUUUCGGACAUAUUGUUGAAGAACAGUACGAUUGAGUGGAACGUGUUUGAGAAAAGAGUAAGAAAAGCGAUUAGACAGACGAAACAUGUAUUCGCUAGACCUAAUGGACGCAGCGUUUACCGUUACCCAAGAUGUAAAGAAUGUAUGUGUCAUGCAUGAAUCAAUAAUAUUUGAUCAUUUUUUUGUUUUCUUUUUGGGGUCCGGUUUUGGUUCAAUUUAUCCUAUUUUGUAACCUCUUAAGAGUUGAGUUUUCUGUAAUGAUAUAUGUUUUUUUUUCAUUAUAUGAUUGAAGAGUAUAUCAAGAUUUUGGUGUGCACAUGAUAUGU